AUGGAUUUCUCUGAUACUCCAUCACUGUACUCUUUCCCCAGUGUUUAUGUUUCUGACGAAGAUUUCAAGCUUUUUCACAGCAUUGAUCGGAAGCUUUUUGCUCGGCUGGUUGUGGGGUUGGGGCGUGAUCCUUCCGAGUCGCUGCAACUGAUGGCGUUCUGGCUGUGGCUUGAGAACGCCGGAAAUGAUAUGUUUCUGGUGAAGAAGGUGCUGAGUUUGCCGGCGCAGUUGGUGAGUGAGGUGGCGGAGGAGACGGUGCUGUGUCUGAAAUGCGUGAAGAACGAGAAUUUCCCGUUCAUGGAGGUCGACCUGGCGCUGCUCCCAAACUUGGUUAGAAAGAACGGCCUUACCAGCCCGGUUUAUCUUCACCACAACCGGGUCGCCGUCAUGCGCGGCCUGAAAAAGAUGGUGACGAAGGUCUGCUUUAGGGCUUUCGAAGACAUUUUACUCCAUUUCGCCCCUCAGACACCCGCCGUUUCCGCCCCCGGAAAGGUGGGGUCCACCGGCGAGCCCAGCUGGAACAACGCGGUGCCGGAGGGGCCCCACCCGCCGUUUUAUCAUGCACCGGCUACUCAGUUUUACCCUAACUCCCCGUACCCGUCAUCUCUAGGGCAAAUGAGUUAUCCGCCCGCGGUUGUGAGCGCGGAUUAUGCUCCGCUAGUGCCCCGGCCGAAAGCAGGAUCUCCUCCGCAUGCCGCGGCGGCGGAGCAGCGGCCGUUGCCGCCGCAAAUGAACACUGAAAUGCUGGAAAUGUUCAACCGUUCGAUGAGAAUCGCGGCGGCCGAAGACGUCCAUCCCGAUGACAGAACAAUCUUCUUGACCUUCUCUAAAGGUUACCCCAUUUCUGAACAAGAAGUAAAAGAUUUCUUCUUUAGGAAAUUUGGAGAUAGCAUAGAGACCAUAUACAUGCAAGAAGUGGCGUCUGGAGAGCAAGUACUGUACGCGCGGCUGGUGGCGCGGUCGCUUGCGGCGCUUGAGGCCAUCGUCGUCGGCGGCAAAGCCAAGUAUAACAUCAACGGGAAGCAUGUUUGGGCGCGCAAAUAUGUGAAGAAACAGAAUCCCAAGGCUCUCGCCUCCUCCCCAUCAUCGCCAUCGUCGCCGGCUGCUGCACCUUCUUCCUCGAAACCCUAAUUUCAUUGUUUCUUGUACGGAGUAUCUACCUGCAGCUGCUUAUAUACAUUAUACAUGUAUACAUAUAUAUAGACAAUGGAG